GCUUACCGGAAUUCUCUCUUUACUUUAAGGCUAAGGCUUUACUUCACUUCAAGCAAUUGUUCUCUUCCACCGACACAGGGAUAAAGAAAGACUGGUUCCCCCUUUCGAACAAAAAAUUCCUCUUUCCCCUUUCACUCAAAUAAUGAAGUUCCGAGAACAACCUCCUUAAGAGUCAUCUUAGCUUGAUGUGCCGGAUGUUCCCUUACUUAUACUUAGUAGGACGGGUCGGUCUACUAAACCAUGUUGAGGACCGACCAAUGGAUAUGUUUGGGAUAAUGAGGAACUGAACCCGCGGAGAUAAGAAUGGAAUGCCUGAGCUUAUGUCUUUCGGGGCUUGGUCUGACUUCUUCGCCAGCUGGCUCGCAUUCCAGUGUGGAAGUCGAAUGAUAAGCAAUUUCAUUGUUGCAUUCUUUUUACGUUACGGGGGCGGGUCCUCAUGGGAUCAAUAGCAUUUCGUAGGAAUAAAUAAAUAAAUAAAUAAGUCUAUUUAAAAUUCAAAUCUUGAGCAGAACUUGAUAACGUGUAUAGGCGGAAACCAUAACAUAAAAAGGUAGUUCAUAGAGGUCUAUAGUCCAUUUUAAUGUUCCGCUCUCUCCACAAUAUCCUACGACGACCUCUCUCGUCAGGGGCGAGAAGCCCUAUCUAUCAACAAAUGAUAGAGGAUUGGAAGAAAAAUCCCCCUAACAUAUAUAUGUUGGAAGAUUGGAAUAUCACAUAAAUAGAUAGUCAGAGGGGAGAAGGCUAAGUAAGCAAAACUGACGAGAGAGAAAGGCUUCGACUCCUUUUUCGUAGUCCGGUGACGGGCCCAUAUAGAAUAGAAUAGAAAGAAAAUCCUUUUUUUCCGGUAUGCCGCUCCGCAAGCAAGGAGUGCCACGCACGAGCGGAGCGAAAACUAAGCAAGGGAAUUACUAUAAUUAAUCUAAUCUCUUUGAGCAUGCGAAAUCCUUUGAUUGCGUAUGGAAUAUACAUCCAUGUCUUUCUUGUUCCACUAGCAAGGCAAGGACAAAAUUCUCACAUGUCCGUUUCGUUAUUACAACCUUCUUUCUUUAUGUCAAAGACAAGAAGCUACGCGAAAAUUCUUUUUGGAUCUCGGUUGUUCUUAACAGCGAUGGCUAUUCAUUCAAGUCUUCGGGUAGCACCACCAGAUUUUCAACAAGGUGGAAAUUCUCGUAUUCCGUAUGUACAUGUUCCUGCGGCUCGGAUGAGUAUUCUUGUUUAUAUCGCUACGGCUAUAAACAGUUUCUUGUUCCCAUUAACAAAACAUCCCCUUUUUCUUCGCUCUUCCGGAACCGGUACAGAAAUUGGUGCUUUUUCUACUUUGUUUACCUUAGUGACUGGGGGGUUUCGGGGAAGGCCUAUGUGGGGUACCUUUCGGGUGUGGGAUGCUCGGUUAACUUCUGUAUUCAUCUUGUUCCUUAUUUACCUGGGUGCACUGCGUUUUCAAAAGCUUCCUGUCGAACUGGCUCCUAUUUCAAUCCGUGCUGGACCGAUCGAUAUACCAAUAAUAAAGUCUCCAGUCAACUGGUGGAAUACAUCGCAUCAACCUGGGAGCAUUAGCCGAUCUGGUACAUCAAUACAUGUUCCUAUGCCCAUUCCAAUCUUGUCCAACUUUGCUAACUCCCCCUUCUCAACCCGUAUCUUGUUCGUUCUGGAAACACGUCUUCCUAUUCCAUCUUUUCCCGAAUCUCCCUUAACUGAAGAAAUAGAAGCUCAAGAAAGAAAAAAAAAAACCUAGUUCACUCGCUGAGAGAAGCAUCCAUGGCUAUAGUAAAAGUUCCUCUACAGGGAAUAGAGGGAGACACCCAUUUUUGAUUCCAGCCGAGAAGACCAGGAAAAGGAGAAGGAUAAAGAAUGUCAUAUAUCUCAGGAGCUAAAUCAGUUCCCGAUGAACAAGUAAGAAUUGCCUCA